AGUAAUUUAUUACUGUAAUUAUUAUUAUUAUUGUUACAAUAAAUAUAAAUAUAACUAUAACUAUAUAAUUAACUAGCUGUCAUUUUCAUUCGGAUUUAUCAUAUAAUGCCAUACGAGCCUAACUCAACAGUGGACAUUGAUGAAGAAUUCGGAGUAAUUCAAGUAAAUGAAAGCAAAUACAUUGGUAAGAAACCUUUAACCAAAGUAGCACCUGCUGUUCGAGGUGCUUAUGGAGGUAAUAUUGCUGGACAAGCUAUUUUAGUAGCUAUUAAAUCAUCACCUCCAGGGUUUAAACCUCAUUGUUUGCAUUCAUACUUUGUUAAACCAGUCAAUUCCGAAGAACCUGUUGAAUGGGAUGUAGAAAUCAUUUCAAAGGGGAAGAAUUUUUGUAAUAGACUGGUUAAGGGAUCGCAAGGAGGAGAAAUCAAAUACUUUGCUAAUAUAUCAUUAACUAGAAAGAAUUCAAAUAAAGAAGCUCAACAAAAAUACGACGAAUAUGUUAAAAAGCAAGAAGAAGGUCAAGAUGAUGACGAGGAUGAAGAAGUUGUUCAAAAGCCAUUUGGAUUCCAAACUCCAUAUCAUCCAUGGUUUAGUAAAUAUAAACCAGAAGAUAUAGAAGUUGAUCCUAGAGGGGUAAAUAUUCUUGUUUAUCAUAAGAUAAUUCCAGCAUUGGUUGAUCUUAAGCUUUCUCCGGAAGAAGAAAAGAUCCCAGUUGCAGAAAGAAGAUUAGCAUAUUAUGUAAAAUGGGGUAUUGAAAAUGAACAAGGAUUCAAUCAACCAUUAAAGAAUGUAGAUGAUACUUAUAAAUAUGUUGGACUUGGAGUUAUAUCUGAUUCAUUAUUUUUAACUAGAUUGGCAAGAGCUUUAAGACUUAGAGAUGUUAAUUUAAAUGAUAUGGCCCAUUAUUUUUCAGUAUCACUAGAUCAUAUAAUAUAUUUUCAUGAUGAUGAUUUUGAUGUUACUAAAUGGAUGGGAUUUGCAUUUAAAGCCGUUAGAUUUGUCAAUAAAAGAGUAGUAUUAGAAGCUGAAAUGUAUAAUGAUAAGGGUGUUCAUGUAGCUACAUUGGUUCAAGAAGGGUUAGUUCAUUUAAAUGGUAUCGAAGCUUCCGCCAAGCUUUGAAGAUAGGACAUUAAGCAUAUUUACUGAAUACUAGCCUAUAUAGACUUUUAUAGCAAUAGACAUUACGUGAAGUAACUAUAAUAGUUAGUAGUACAGUGAGAGUCGUG